AUGAAUCCCAGGCUUCUUGACAAGACCAUGCAUUCCUCCAACAUCUUCCUUGAUAACUGCAGUGCAGAGCAUCUCCAGUCUUUUCAACCUGACCAUUCUCUGUCCUCAAAUUCAGUUGAAUCAGGAAUUUCCAUGCUCAGAGAGAGAGAAAAUGGAAACACAGGGACUCAACCAGAAAGUCCUUAUUACAGCAGCAAAGCCUUUGGAUCAUGUUUGAUCAGCACAAGUCUGCUAGAGUUCAACAGCAAACCAUCCAGGGGCAGUUAUAUGGGACAGGUGUCUGCAAGCAGGUAUUCAUUACCAGGGGCCAAUGGUAGAUGUCCUCAUGAGUGGCCCCAGAGUACUGGUCAUCAAGCAAAGCGUGCUAGAGUUGAAAACAUCAUUAAGGGCAUGACAGGCUCUGCUAGUAUACAUCCCACAGAUGUGACCAUGGAGGCAAGACAGCAGAAGAAAUUAGGAAAUAUGCAGGAAAACAAAAAGACACAGGAAUCACCUCACUGUAAUGAUCACACACAGAAAAGUGGAGCGGCUGGUGCCAGUCUUUUGAGUUCAGAGAACCAGACAACAAGGAAGCAGCUUCAUGGAAAGCACAAGCUAUUUAAACAACUCCAGAUGAGGUUUACUCAGGAUGAUGAGGAAAAUGAGUCUGAAGGCUUCAGUGAUGAAAGUAUUGUGGAAGAGUACUGUGCCACUUGGAAUAAUUCUCCUGACCCAUUACCCAGUGAUGCAUUUACAGAAGUAGAUGAUGAGUGUGCUAAGUGCCAUGGGUGGAAAACAUCAAUUCUGAGGAAUUUCUUUAAUUCCAAACCUGACAAAAUAAAUAAAUGGAUGGCAGAUAUUUUAAAGUAUGAAUUGACAAAAUCUGUCAGCCAGAGUAUUGACUCGAUUUUCAAAAACAUGCCGCUUUUUCAGAGGUGGCCAAAUGUGGACGGGUGUGAAGAAACAGACAAGUCUCCCCUUAAUCUUGAUCAACAAGCAUCCUUUGGUGAAGAUACUAAAUCAAGAUGUUCAAGCUCUGAGAGGACAGUGGUCCAAGUACCAGAGGCUCAAAGCGAAGCUCUCUCUCUGGUCAUACAAAAGCCUCAGAUGGCCAGACCUAGUGUGGUUAACCUGCUGCCCAUAAUAGGACAUCAGCAACAUCCAAAGCCACCAUUCCCCUUCAGCCAUCACAGUGCUCUGUAUGAAGGUCACACUUCAGCUAACAUGCACAACAGUCCCCCAGUCACCACUAUCAGAGGCUUCCAGGACACAUAUCCUUGGAGCUCAGUCAAAGUGAGGUCCAAGGUCAACUCUAGAUCGAUCAGGAGCUCCCAAGCUCACUCUAUGGCAGUAGAUCCAAUGCUUCUGGAAAGUCUGUGUCUUCCUCACCUCAAGAUGGAGUCUGCUGGUCUGCAGAGUGUGGUGAAGAACAGCUUGUUUGUGCUGAAUAAGGGUCUGACCACAAACCAUCUGAAAAAAGCAAAGCUCAUGUUCUUCUACACCCGCUACCCAAGCUCACUUGUCUUGAAAACCUUUUUCCACGAUGUACAGUUCACACGUUGCAUCACCUCUCAGCUCAUCAAGUGGUUUAGUAACUUCAGGGAGUUCUACUACAUCCAGAUGGAGAAGUUCGCUCGGCAUGCCAUCAUGGAGGGAGUACCCGAUGUGAGGGACCUGUCAGUGGGAAGAGAAUCGGAACUAUUCAGGGCUCUCAACAUGCACUACAACAAAGCCAACGACUUUGAGGUCCCUGACAGAUUCCUCGAGGUAGCAGAAAUUACACUGAAGGAGUUUUAUAUUGCCAUUUCAAUGGGCAAAGACAAUGACCCAUCCUGGAAAAAGGCAAUAUACAAGGUAAUAUGUAAAUUGGACAGUGAUGUGCCAGCUGGAUUAAAAACUCAGCACACUGGAUAA